AGAUUGUUGUAGGUUUUGUUUGGUAAUAAAAAAGCUACUUACUACUAUGCUUUAUGGGCCUAGGAGAUUUCCAAGCUGUCUGAUAUAAUUUAAAGCUUAAAACAGUCUGAAACAGUAUGAUCUGCCUGAUGUACAGGGCUAGACAACAAAGAUGAAGUAUCUUGGAGUAUGAUUAUCGGGCAUUUGUUACGCAGAACUAGAGUUAUAGCACAGGUCAUUAGUAAGGGAAUAACUUCCAAAAAAGUAGAAGGCAUAAGAAUAUCCAAAUAUCAAAGACUGUUCUACUCCAGAGAAAUGGCAAGUCCAUGUACCACAGACAUUGUGAAAUCUCUGAAUGACAAGAGGGAGUACAGAUUGUUAUUCCUGGAGAAUGGUUUACGAGCAUUAUUGAUUUCUGACCUUGAUGGUGAGGACCAGUCUAGUGUUGACGAUGGGAACCAAUCAGAAUCAGACGAUGAGUCAGCAGGGUCAGAUAAUUCUGAAGAUGAGGGGAGUGAUAUGGAAGUGGAUGACAUGUCUGAUUCAGAAAAUGAUCUUGGCCAAGAAAAAAAGUCGGCAGCUGCUCUGUGCAUUGGUGUGGGGAGUUUCUCUGACCCAGACAAUAUCCCUGGAUUUGCUCACUUUCUUGAGCACAUGGUAUUUAUGGGAAGUGAAAAGUACCCAGAGGAGAAUGCCCUUGAUGAUUAUCUCUCAAAACAUGGUGGUUAUACAAAUGCUUGGACUGAUCAUGAAAGGACAUGCUUCUAUUUUGAAGUAGAGCAGGACGCCUUUCGUAAAUCUUUGGACAAGUUUGCUCACUUCUUUGUUGGACCAUUAUUGCUGCAAGAUAGUGUUGAUAGAGAGAUAGAAGCUGUCGACAGCGAAUUUCAAGAAACAGUUUCUAGUGAUAGUGACAGACUUCACCACAUCUUGAUAGCUACAGCUAAACAUGGAAACCCUAUGUCCAAGUUUCUGCUAGGAAACUUGAAAAGUUUGAAGACUACGCCAGCUGAGAAAGGCAUUGAUGUAUACGGGCAGCUUAGAGACUUCUUCAACAAAUAUUACACAGCUCAGUAUAUGACUCUUGCUGUACAUUCAAAACACAGUCUUGACACACUUGAAGCCUGGGUCAGAGAGAGUUUUAGUGGUAUACAUAACAAUAAGGAGGCCCCAGUUUCUUUUACCAAGUUCAAGGACCCAUUUGAUACUGAUGGUUUUAGAAAAUUAUUUAAAGGUAGUAUUCAUGCUGAAAGUUUAUAUUAUUCAAGGACAAAGCCUAUAGAGUAUAUUUCAAAUCUGCUGAACUAUGAAGGCGAAGGAAGUAUCUAUUCUUAUCUUAAAAAAAGAAUGUGGGCAGUGGAGUUGCUGGGAGGGAAUACCGGAGAAGGAUAUGAUAUGAACCAGAUUUGGACCGGACUGGACAUCUGUAUCACCCUAACUGACGAGGGUCUUAAACAUUGGAGUGAGGUUGUUAAAGUUAUAUUUCAAUACCUGGACCUGAUGCAACGAGAAGGACCGCAGGAGAGUUUCUAUAAUGAACUAAAAGUUAUUGAAGAAACAAAGUUUAGGUGGAAAGAGAAGGGAGAUCCAGCUGAAUAUGUAGAAAAGGUUUCUGACAAUAUGCAGUUGUACCCUUCAGAAGAUUAUCUUACAGGACAUAAAUUCUUGUACAAGUUUGAUGAAAAGGUUAUAAACAAUUGUAUGGAACAUCUAAGGGCAGACAACUGUAAUGUUAUGUUAACCUCUACAAACUUCACAGAGAGUGAUUGCCCCUUGAAAGAACAUUGGUUUGGCACUCAUUAUUCUGUUGAAGACAUUCCUAAAGAACAACUACAAUCUUGGACUGAUUUUGAGCAGAAUUGUGAGCUGUUUUUACCAAAGGAGAACCAUUUUAUUGCAACAGAUUUUACAUUGAAAGACCUCCCAGCAGAAGAUUUAAAGCCAGUGCCCAUGAUGGUGUCAUCAUCUAGUCAACAUAAAUUGUUCUUUAAGAAAGACACAAAGUUUAAUGUACCAAAAGGAUACAUUUAUAUGCAUUUGAAAAGCCCUGUUGUCUGUGAUAAUCUGAAGAGCUCAGCUUUGUUUGAUUUAUUUAUUGCAAUACUGAAUCAGAAUAUUUCUGAGCCAACAUACCCUGCUGUGGUAGCUGGAUACAAGAUUGGAUGUAUGUGUGAUCCAGUUCAGACAGGUAUGGUGGUAGAAGUGGAUGGCUUUAAUCAUAAGAUACAGGAAGUACUACUGCUGACCUUUGACCUGAUUAAAAAUUUCUCCUGUGCAGAUGACCUGUUUCAUGCAAUGAAAGCUGAAGUAAAGAAAACCUACCAUAAUGAGAUAAUGAAACCGUCGUCUGCUGCAAGAGUUCUACGUUGGAUUGUGACAGAGAAGCGUUACUGGUCGCAUGCCGACAAAUACCGGAUAGUAGACGAGCUUACCAAACCAGAACUCAUGGAUCUGGUGAACCGGUUCCUGAAACAAAUUUUUUUAGAAUCCCUAGUUAUCGGAAACUUUACAAAACAGGAGGCUCUAAGCAUAAAUGAUGAAGUCCUGUCAAAAUUGAAAAGUCAGAAACCUGUGGACCAGAAGGUGCUAGAGAACAAUCUGAUUGCUAUUCCACAAGAGAAGCUUUACUGUCAGAUCAAGAGUUUCAACCCAGAAGAUACGAUGUCCUGUGUUCAUAAUUAUUACCAGAGUCAGCCUGGUACCCUGCUGAAGUGUUGUCUCAAUGAACUACUCUGUACACGUAUGACAGAGCCAUGUUUUAACACAUUACGUACCAAACAACAGCUGGGCUACAGUGUAAGUUGUAUUAACCAUAUGACAUGUGGUGUCAUUGCCCUGGGGAUAUGCGUGGAAUGCAAAGCUCAAAAUUUCAGUAUGCAAUAUGUGGAUGAACAGAUAGAGAAAUUCCUGCUUGAGAUGAAAGAUAUCCUGCAAAGUAUGACACAGGAAGAAUUUGAAACCUUGAUAGAAUCUGAGAUAACAUUGAAGAGGACAGAGGACACACAGCUAGAAGAGGAGACCUCUAGACAUUGGAGAGAGAUUGUCGAUCAAACCUACGUCUUUGAUCGGCUAGAAAAAGAGAUAGCUGUUUUAAAGACGCUUUCAUUGAAGACUUUACAAGACUGGUUUACAGAUGAAUAUUUGGGAGAUAAACAGAGAAAGAUUAGUUUUCAGGUGAUUGGUUGCCAAGAGAAUGUUGUUGCAAUGAAGCAUCUCAGUGACACAGAUCAUGAAAUCAAGUGUUUGAUAGACCCUGAUCAAAGUCUGUCUACUCCUAUAGAUGAUAUAAACUCGUUUAAACAGUCCUGCAAACAACUUCCACACACCAAAGUAAUUUCUUGAUAAUUGAACUGUUGUUAGAUAUUUUUAUCAAGGAAUAAAGUUUUAUCUGUUUA